UGUCAAAAAAUACCUUAAAAUGGUUCGAGAUGUUCAAGAGAUGAACAACUUAGUGUCAGAGGCAAAAACUAAGUGUUUUUGGGAUGUUGAGGUUAUGAAUGCUUGUAAGGAAUGGGAUCAGACGCUUAAGAAUAAUCCCAUUUGUCUGCCACCUGAACCGGUUCAAGAGGAUGAACCUGCAGCCUCUCCUGUUCAUCAAGAACCUGAAAACCCAACUUCUGAGGUUCAUCAUGAAGUUGAUACAAACAAAGAAGGUAGAGAGGAUGAAGAAGCACAAAAAGUAAUAUCCAGUGUUUUGGUACAAUUGGCAUCAGAAGGUACACUGCAACCAGAUGAUGGAGGAGUCACAGACACCCUCAUUGCAAAUAUUCAAACAGUGGAACCGGGUGUAUAUGCUUACCAAACAACUGCCAAUGAAACUGGUGAAAAUGAAACUGUUGACGAAGAGACAGUGAACUUGGCAGAAUCUACACAAAAGGUCCAGGAAGAAGUGCUGGAAAAAGACCCCCCACAACUCGAUACGGACGUUGAAGUUGAAAAGGAAAUGGAACCUGAAUGCCCUCAGGUAACUGCUGAAGAACUGCAUUCAGUUGAGUUGGUUUUGAGCGUAGGGCCAACAUUGGAAGAAGAUAAAGGGAAAAAACAAACUAGGGGGAGAAAAAACACAAAGCCAAAGCAAGUUCCAAAACAAGUUAUACCAAAAGGUUUAAACGAACUGCUUUACAAGACAAUAGAACAAGCAAGAAUAAGAGGUGAAAAAAGAUGUGCAGAACAUGCAUGAAGCACUCUUGACCCAAGAAUUGAGUGUGAUCCGCUUCACAUUUGCUA